AUGUCUUUGCUGGAAUGGUUGUGGGAUGAUCAUCAACUUUUGUUGCAGCAAAGCUUUUCGAUCCCUUUUGGAUUUUUGUUUUAUUUUUUAGCAGCAAAUGGCUUUCUGUCCUUGAGAUGCAGGUAUCUAUACAUGUGUAUUGGAGGAUGCAUCCUGGCAGUGGUCACAAUGGGAAUUUACAGUAUACUGCUGUUUACUUCAGUCUUCAUGUUUGUUGUGCUUGUUUGCACUGUAGAUUGGCGCUACAUUCACACCUGGGUGCUUGGAGUCCAAAUGUUAUGGCAAACACUUUGGCACAUCUUUUUACAGUACAAAGAAUUCCACCAGCCACAGCAUUUCAAUUUGAGGCUGGUGCUGGCUGUGUCUUCGCUGAUGCUAAUCACACAGAGAGUUACCUCAGUCUCUAUGGAUAUCCAAGAUAGAAGACUUAUAUUGACCUUAAAUCGUUUAUCCCUGAGUCAAAGCUAUGAAGUGCUACUUCCAAUCAUCAGCUAUAUUCUUAAUUUCACUACUUUACUGGGUGGACCUUUGUGCAUGUUUGCUCAUUUUGUUUCAUUUAUUGAAGGAAUUGAUGUUAAUUCACCACCAAAUCCAUCAAGUGUAGUCAUCUUUAAAUUGUUGCAGGUGUUUUUAUUAGAAUGUCUAAGAUACAGUUUUCUGCAAUUUGUAAAAUAUGCAUACAAUUCAAACUUAGCCUAUGGUGUCAUUGGCAUGUGGGCAAUGGCAAUGGUUUUAAGACUGCAUUAUUAUGCUCACUGGCAGAUAAGUGAAUGUCUUAAUAAUGCUGCCGGAUUUGGGUUUUGUGGGGCAAAAUCUGGUUACACAGACUGGAGUGGGCUGUCUGAUGGGGAUUUCUGGGUAACUGAGUCUUCAGUUUGUAUAUCUCAGUUUGCUCGAAGAUGGAAUGCAACUACUGCAUCUUGGCUGCGUAGGCUGGUUUAUAAAAGAUGCAAGUAUUUUUCUUUGCUAUUGACUUUUGGUUUCUCAUUGUGGUGGCAUGGGCUGCGGAUAGGUCACUGUAUAGGCUUUUCAAUUUGGGCAGUAACUGUAAACAUAGACAAAUACAUUGAGCGAAACUGGCUGCCAAAACUUUCAGUGGGUUGGAUGAAAUCCAUAUAUGUUUCUUUGAGUUGGAUUAUCACUCAAAUCAUUAUUGCCUGCAUUGUAAUUACACUAGAACUACGAGUUGUCCAGCUCUGA